UAUCGAUCGCUCCUCUGAAGCUGACCAAUCACGCGAGUGCUGGUUAGCGAGAUUGCCAGUCACCAACAGGUAGUUGGUACAACCUGUAGUACAAAACAUGAGAAUGCGUUACAUCACAACGACGCAUCUGAUCUUGUUCUUUAUCCAACUCUGUGCAUGUGACCUGAAAUGUUAUGUGGAAGAGAGUGGAUCUCAAACCGGGAACGCACAAAUGCCGCAGAGAGGAAACUGUACGUAUUGCUCGCUGGAAGAAGCCAUGUGGCAGGACGCUUCAUUUCAAACCAACCGAAAUUGUACCACUUCUUGCACGCCGCUGCAUGUAACCGGAGUGACGGAAUUGUACUGCUGUACCAUCGACCUAUGUAACUUCAAUCGUACCACAGCUACCAACAGUGGGCCAAACGCAGAAAGGCCAAAUGCAACGGUGACCAACGUGAGAAAAGCAAAUCUGACCAAUCCUCUCACAAAUAAUUCGAUGAUGGCAGAAACGAUGACGAGGGAACACGCUGAUAAUGCAACGACUUCAAACGAAGUGUACUCGGGGAUGCAGCUGGUGGCUCCUAAAUACGAUCUUGUAUAACGCAAGGUCAAGGAAGAAUUCAUUUGAAUGAGUUGUUACAUGCCGCUGAAUUUAUGCACUUUUC